UUCAUCUUGGCAACUGAAGAUAUUCUCCCCUGAAAAGAUUAUAUCAAUUUCAGGUAGUUGUAAAUGACGCUUUGCGAGUAAUUUAUGGCACACACUUCCAGUUGGAAGAUGGACUUUGCCAAGUGGUUCUCGAUGUUGGCCAAGCUUCUAAUGUAAAUAGGAUCGAAAAUUGCGUAAGCUGACCAAUGAAAAGGUGUUCUUUGGAACCAGUCACGAGAUAGCAAGUAGUAUUCUGACCAAUCACCUUUGAGAAAAAUAAACCAAUCAUGAAUGUAGGCGCGAACUUAUAAAUCGCCGGUAGCAUUACUUUCAUCAUUUUCCAUCUCUUUUCCUAAGGUGUAGACUUAAGGUUUGUUAUCGAUGGCUCGUACCAAGCAAACAGCGCGUAAAUCUACUGGAGGUAAAGCACCUCGCAAACAGCUUGCAACCAAGGCUGCAAGGAAGAGUGCCCCAGCAACCGGUGGCGUGAAAAAACCGCAUCGUUACAGGCCCGGAACUGUCGCUCUUCGUGAAAUUCGUCGGUACCAGAAGUCCACAGAGCUGCUGAUUCGCAAGUUGCCUUUCCAGCGUCUUGUGCGCGAGAUUGCUCAAGAUUUCAAGACGGACCUUCGCUUUCAGAGUUCAGCAGUGAUGGCCCUUCAGGAGGCUAGCGAAGCGUACCUUGUUGGUCUUUUUGAAGACACCAACUUGUGCGCCAUCCACGCCAAGCGUGCUGCAAGGAAGAGUGCCCCAGCAACCGGUGGCGUGAAAAAACCGCAUCGUUACAGGCCCGGAACUGUCGCUCUUCGUGAAAUUCGUCGGUACCAGAAGUCCACAGAGCUGCUGAUUCGCAAGUUGCCUUUCCAGCGUCUUGUGCGCGAGAUUGCUCAAGAUUUCAAGACGGACCUUCGCUUUCAGAGUUCAGCAGUGAUGGCCCUUCAGGAGGCUAGCGAAGCGUACCUUGUUGGUCUUUUUGAAGACACCAACUUGUGCGCCAUCCACGCCAAGCGUGUCACCAUCAUGCCGAAAGACAUUCAGCUCGCCCGCCGAAUUCGCGGAGAACGCGCGUAAACCGACGCGUCAAGAAAACAAAAACGGCUCUUUUAAGAGCCACCAAAUAUUAAAAAAGUCAAUGACCAAUAAUGAAUAUUGGAUCUUCUGUGGCGUUGAGCUAAAAUUUCAGUCAAACCUUGCUAUCUGUUUAACCUUUACUUACUUAGAUCACACUGAAGCUUCUUUUGGCUCAGAAAGUGCUUUCCCAUCCUGAUAACAAAGGAAGAAAAAUAGGGUGAAAUAAGGUAGCUGCUUGUGGCUCUUCC